AUGAUACGACCGACCCUCCUUUCCACCAUCCGCCUCAAUGUCUUUCCCAAUGCCUCGAAACGCGCCUUCUCCCUCCUCAACCCCACGUCGCGCUCGCACACCAACCGCAUCUUCGACCCCAUCCGCCAACCCAACGACCUGCACACACUCACACUCCUCAACGCAUCCGACAACCGCUCACUAAUAACCUUCUGGACCGCGACCUGGUGUCAAACUUGCCAAGCCAUCAAGCCGCUCAUCCGCCAACUCAUCGAAGAAGAAAAGAUCGGGGAGCGGGAAGGCGGACUGGGCUUUGUGGAAGUGUUGAUGGACAGCACGUUGAUUGAGGAUUUGCCUAUAAAAUACCGCAUCAGUAGUAUGCCGACGCUAUUGGCGUUUUCAAGACAGGAGGCGCAAUUUGAUACGAGGUUGACGCGGCCCGAGGAGAUGCGGAAUAAGGACUUUCUGAGGGAGUGGUUGGUUAGGGAGGCGCAGAGGGGAGGGAGGAUGGGUGGCGGCGGAGGCAGUAUGUUUGACUACGAGGCCGCUGUCGUGAAGGGUACUAGGCUACUCCAGAUACUGGCCGCGAGGGACAAGACACAAGUUCAAAGCGCAUUCGAGGAGGUACAAGAACUAGCCCAACGUGGCUACCUUCUGAAGCCUCAAGACAAGUUCUUUGAAAUCGACUGUAUCGCCGAUGCGCUCUGCGAUCUAGGUGUCAGCGACAAGAUGGUGUAUGAUGGCGGAGAGAACAUGAGAACACAUCAUGUGCAUGACUGCGACGGAGCAGCAACGAGAGGAGAUGAUACGACAACACACGGCUACUUCUCCCAAGUCAGCAACCCACUAUCUGGUGUCUUGAUCGCAGACAGUAAUCUCACUCGCACGCAUGCAGCGAAAUUUGAUGACGCAUGGGAAGAAGAAGCUAUAGGACUAUCGCCACUGCGACACUGGUCAGACGUAGCGUUUCUACAAUACCUUUCAUCUUUCCCCGAACCACCCGUACGGCCGAUUCCGCUCAACUACGUCUUCCGCGUUCAGAUACAAAACGCCGAGACGUCUCUGGUGCUCAACAAUAUUAUCAGCAAGCAUGGCACGUUUACAUUCGAGUUUUGGCCUGGUAUCACGUUCGGAAUGGACACUGAAGAAGGCAAGGCAAUCUUGGGGACGCCGAAUGGUUGUGGUGUCGCUUGGAUGCUUAUUCAACAUAAGAAGGCGUUUGGAGAGAAGAAAAUUGAGAAGUACUGCCGCGGCCCGCCUGCGACACUUUUGUCACUAGCAUUCUCUCCGAUGACGACCUCAAUCAGUCCGGCAGUGCAUUACGAGUUGGCUCACGAGAAAGGUCUAUCGCUGUUACAGAUGCUGGAAGCUAGCUUUGAUGAGCUCGGUAAUUUACUCAAAAACACAGAUACGCCAGCUGAAAGCGAGCACCUCAACCACGAAGAUCUCUUGGAGAACAAUUGGGUUGAGCGCUCCGCUGGGGACGAUUCCAAAAUUCUGGCGCGACUGUUGGAGGACCUUGGAAUCGACACUUCAAGAAACAUCCCUGUUUCUCAUGAUCACCACGGCCUUGAACCGAUAGAAGGAUCGCUACAAGAAGGACUUGAGAUGAAGAUACGCUUCGACUCAGUAAUCAACACUUCCGGUGGUAUGAUUGCAGCCAUGAACACGUAUAGCCCUAUGGAAGAAUGGAGAAAAGCGAGAGCGGAUACCGAGAACGCUCAGCUGAAGCAACCCGGCCACAAGUCUACGGAAGAUAAUGACCUUGGCGAUGACGUUCCUAGUCUGAAGUACUGGUCAGAUGUCGCAUACCUGCAAUGGGCCUGCAGUAACACGGACUCAUCCGACCUACGUUAUGUGAUGCGAAUGAGCAUUACAAACGAAAAGACAAAAGCCGUCAUCCAGCAUAUCAAACAACAAGCCCAUCCCAAAGCUUCAGGCUCAUACUCAUUCGACGUUGACGACCGCGAUCAGGUAGCUGCUUUCUUAGGAACACCGAAUGGAGCCGGAGUCGCUUGGUUGCUCAUACAGCAUAAACAGCAAUUGGGCCAUAAGACAGUUUACAAGGUAACGGUGGACUGUCGUGAAAUCUGGCAUAAAAGCAAGACGAUAAUUCCAAGCUUGGUGUUCCACCUUCGCGACGCGGUUACUCCGAACCCAGGCAGCGAGAAAGGUGAUUGA